CAGGAAAAGAGAACAGUGUGCCUCGACUGCGGAUCGAACCCGUCCGCCAUAUCCACUCAGAUCAAAAGUACAUCAUGGAUCAGUUGGAGUUUUGUCCCCUAGGAUACUUAAAUGAACACACAGAUGGGAUGGCUCUUAUGAUACUUAAUUAUGCACAAGACAUUGAUGUGAUGUUCAUGAAGAAGGUGUGGGCUAAAGCGAAGUACAAGGCGCUAGUGGAUGGAGGUACCAAUGUGCUAUACGACAGUGUCAUGGCCGAUCGGGAUAUGUACAUCCCUGAUCUCAUCAGUGGAGACUUUGACUCAAUCAAACCAGAAGUUUCAGAGUUUUACAAAACCAAGGGUGUGGAGAUUGUAUCUUCACCAGAUCAGAACUAUACAGACUUCGCUAAAGCCCUCCGACUCCUCAUAUCCAAGGCCAGCAUAAAGGUGGAGAUCAUUGUUGUAAUGGGUGCAUUUGGAGGUCGGCUUGACCAGGUAUUUGGUAACAUUGAUGUCCUACAUCAGGCCCGGACACUGACCUCUGUUCCAGUAGUGCUAGCUUCCCAUUGUCAGAUGUGUAUGCUGUUGAAACAGGGAAUCAAACACUGCCUGAAAGUUGACACUGGAUAUGAGGGUGACUGGUGUGGACUGAUACCCAUAGGACGACCUUGUCAUCACAUCACAACAACAGGACUCAAAUGGAACCUUGAAAACCAAGGAUUGGAGUUUGGUCAAUUGAUCAGCACAUCCAACGUUCUUGAAGGAAAUGGGCAGGUCACCAUAGAAACAGACAAUGAUUUAUUGUGGUGCAUGGAAGUUAAAAUGGAUGCCAAAUAAAGAGUUUUUAGGAAUGAAGAGCUUAAACGUGUGAACCAGUUUUAUUAUGGAAAGCAUUGACUGAAAGAAAAUUUAAGGUUGAAAAAUGUUUAAUUAAUAUUUUAUAUUUUCUUUUAACUCUAUACUUGGUGCUUAGUGUAUACAUGUAUUGCUGUGUUAUUUGAGACAGAUAUUUUAUUACUGUUGUGCUUU